AUGGACUCAGUUUCGAAGCUGUCGAAGUCUGAAACAGAGAAGUCUAUUGACGCAACAAAUUACAGAAAGAAGGUUGGCUGCUUGCGUUACCUACUUCACACCCGCCCCGACCUGUACGAUUGUGUUGGUGUGUUGUCUAGAUAUAUGCAGGACCCUAAGGAAUCACACGGAGUGGCGAUGAAGCAAUGCUUACGUUACUUGCAGGGUACGACUUCUUAUGGCUUAACGUUCAAUAGCGCUUCUGCAAGGGAACCGGUGAGACUCUUAGGUUUCAGCGACAGCAGUCACAAUGUGGAUCCAGAUGAUGGUAAGAGCACUACGGGUCAUGUCUUCUACCUUGGUAAAUGUCCAAUCACGUGGUGCUCUCAAAAGCAAGAAACUGUGGCUUUAUCGUCGUGCGAGGCAUAG